AUGGCACCAAUCGCACUCACCCCACCCGCGGAGCAGGCGAGGGAGCUCGCUUAUGAGCAACUUCCUGAUGCCUCCAACAUGGGCACCAGCAGGAAGAUUAUCUGUUUCUCAGACUUUGACGGUACCAUUUGCAUGGAAGACACAGGUCACAUUCUAACCAAUGCCUAUGGAUGCGGACCUGACAAGCGCGAGAUCCUCGACGCACAAAUCAAAAGCGGCGAACGCAGUUUCCGCGAAGUCAGUGAUGAAAUGUGGGGCUCCCUCGACGUCCCCUUUGAAGACGGCUUCAAAGCACUGGAAGAAGGCCUCCAACUCGACCAAGACUUCAAGCAAUUCCACCAAUUCUGCAGAAACAACGACAUACCCUUCAACGUGAUCUCCGCCGGCCUGAAACCCGUAUUGCGCAGAGUGCUAGACCAUUUCCUCGGCGAGGAGCAAAGCAGCAGCAUUGAAAUCGUCGCCAACGAUGCCGUCAUCGACGCCGAAGGCCACGCAUGGAAACCCAUCUGGCGCCACAACACGGAUCUAGGACACGACAAAGCCCUCAGCAUCGAAGAGUACAAAACGCAAGCCAAACUCGAAUCCUCAGACGGAACCAUCCCCAUGAUCGUCUUCAUCGGCGACGGCAUCAGCGAUCUCGCCGCCGCAGGCCAAAGCGAUUUACUCUUCGCGCGUCGCGGUCUCGCGCUCGAGGAACAUUGCCUCAAGAAUAAAAUCGAUUAUGUCCCCUACGACACUUUUGCGGAUAUCCAGCGCGAAGUUGUGCGUGUCGCGAAAUUGGAUCAGGUCAAGACGAAAGGACAGGGACUUCCUGUUAAAUUCAACCCUAGAGCCAAUUUGUGGCGGAGGAUCAGUUCGAAGAAUGCUGUGCCCAUUUUCAAGGCUAUGACUCCUAGUGUGGAGGAGCGCGCGUUUUUGUGGCCGGAGACUUUGACUGAGAGGGUGGAGCCGCUGACUGGGAGUGUUGGCAAGGUUUCUGCUUGA